GAUGUCCUACGAUUUCAUCGACUCGCAGGGCUCACAACAAAUCUCGACCCGGAGUGACUCAGAAAUAUGAGGUAGCAAGGCAAUCACUCACUUCUCAAGUUACACCCUCCAAAAUCGGCGAAGAUGGCCUCGCCAGAUGCCCUACAACUCCUCAAAUCUUCCAUCGCAGCCUCGAAACCUCCAAUCCUUACAAAGUCUCCCGAUCCGGCGACCGCAGAAGAAAACAAAACAGAUUCCUUCGUCGAAGCUACGCAUCUCUACUUCACAUAUCCAUCACCGCUCUGUCUACCUCUCGACAUCAAGACGCGUUUCACUUCGCAAAACCCAGAUACCACGGCAGUUGAUCUGCGAAGCAUAUUCUUCGCCUGGCUACAGAAAGAUGUCACAGUGCCCGAGUACAUUGCGCUUGCAGGUGAAUUGGACAAACAACUCCCCGAGGGGCAGAAAGUGCGAAACCUGAUCUUCGUGGAGCGUUUGGAUCUCAUUACGUGGCUCGAAGGAGCGUCCGACGAGUCGGAAUACAUCAAGCCUCUUGAAGGCGUUGCGGCGGGGCAAGGCGAUCUAGCAAACAGAGCGGCGGACGUCGCCGGCGGUUCAGCUGUGCCGACGGUGGGCGGUUCGGGCGUGGGCGUCACACAGACGGUCGGUGGGCGUCCAGUCAAGGUGAUUGAUGCGCGGUUGCAGGCCAUCUACAAUGGCGAACGGCGGAUUUCAGAUCAUAACUCCGUGUUGAGGGGGGUGAAGCCUACGGACUUUUCACACGUUCGUAAACACGCAGAAACGUUCCUCGGGCGGCGGAAGGGUGUCUCUUCGUCUACUCGGCCCGGUCAAGUGAGCAAGUCGGCACAAUUGGCGACUCGACCGGCCACCGGGCCGUCGAAGCCAAUGGCAUCUGCGGUAUCGUCAAAGAGGUCCGAUCCGAUCAUUCUGCUGUCGCCCUCGGCGUCGUCAUUGCUGAGAAUGUCAAAUGUCAAGACGUUCUUGGACACAGGGCUGUACGUGCCGCCGGACCAUCCGACGCUUUCGACACAAACGACGGCGAAUUUGCUGCAUAUUACGCGCACGCUGCAUUCGCUGGGCGAGAAGCCUUACCGGUUUAUCCUGGUCGAUUCGCCGGAGCAAUUCAAGCCUGAUUACUGGAGUCGGGUCGUCGCGGUGUUUACCACGGGUCAGGUCUGGCAGUUCAGAGGGUAUAAGUGGCGAGAACCGCAAGAGUUGUUUGGGCACGUACUUGGGGUGUAUGUGGGUGAGAAGGGCCUGCCGACACCGCCGGAGGUGAAGGGUUGGGGAAGUAGUGUUAAGACGUUUGCAGUGGAGAGAUGGGAUGAGAGAGCGCAUGGGGCCAAUGUCGAUCAGGAGACCCGUGUGGCGAGGAGAUGGAGAGAUCGUGAGACGGUGGAGGAGGUCUGGCGAUCAAUCGAAGGUCAUAUGAGAGGACGCGGGGAAUGGAAAAGAUGAAAAGAAUUGUGACACAUCUCACAGGCGGUAUGCUCUUAGAUGGAGAAGAAUGCGGCCGCAAUGUAACAGGUCGAGGUCCAGGGGUAUGGACGUGCUUGGAAUGGAAACAAGACAGACGUCUGAAGCGACAGUCGAGGGAUGAAUACGAUACAGCGUGCUGAAGCGUGCUGGAUAUGUAUGCUGAGGUCUAUGAGACGGCUCCUCCUUGAUGAAAGAUCGAAUGGGAAGCAUUGCACGCGCCAUGGGUGUGGGCGGGAAAAAAGUUGAAGACCUUGAAGACUAUGGAUGAGGGAUGUUCUCUAUACCUGGUGUUGUAAUCGAAAGGGCGAGAACUUGCAUGGCAUGGCCAUCUGCAUCACCCUUCGGCGCGAUCCAUUGACGGCCUCACAUGGGUGUGGUGAAUCACCGAGAUACACACAAGCUGACUAAGGUAGAUAGAAACUGGAGCUUCCAGAUUGGGCAAGUCGAGCGGGGGCAUGGCUUUUUUACCUAGUAGCAAGGUGAGAGAUCCUGGGGAGAUGGGAGGUUACACUCUUGGUGAAGGAGUCUGUCCACAUCCUCUGCGGCCGCAACGAUGGAAGCGUCAUCAUGGCGUCCUCUUCGGUAGGCCAUUUACCCAGGUAGGCCAUGCCUAAUCUCUGUUCUUGGCAUGAAGAGGCCGCAUACUGUACAAGGGGAAAGAUGGGCGAGAAGGGAGACGGCAUACCGAUCUUUUCGUUCGAAGUACAAGAUACGGAUACUCCGGGCUCUUACUUACCUUGCCUAAAGGGUAGGUAAGUAGGUAAGCAGGUAUAGCACUCCUUUGCGACCAGGUAUGACAACACUUGAUUAAAGAUUGAAGAUUGAAGACUGAAGGGUUGAC